AUGGCCAAGAAGUGGGAAGACAUAAGGCCUUUAUCUCAGAAGGAACUAGAAGACCUAAUACCAAAAUCUGAUGAUGAACUCGAAGAUUUUUGGAGGCUUUCUAGCGGAUCAGAAACUGAGGAUAACUUGGAAGAAGAUUUCAGUCUUUCUGAAUCAGAAUAUGAGCCCGAAACAUCUGAUAGAGAAAGCACUGACUCUGAUGAAUGUAACUAUAGAAAGCGGAGAAGAAUUAAUAGAGGGUCGAAGCCAACACAGGAACAUUUUCCAGUAGAGUGUGAUCAAGGAGAUGGCCAAGUAGACCAGCUUGCUGCACAAAAUUUGGAAGAUGAACAAAGUGUAUCAAAUGACCAGGAGAUUGCAACACAGCGACCCAAUAUAGAAAACUUCUCUCAAACAGAAAGAGGGGGAAGUGUAAUCAGGAUAUUAGCGAUAAUGAAGAUCUACAUAACUUGGGAGAUAAACCACAUGAAACUAUUCUCAACAAGGGGAUGCGGGGCAAAAACGGUCACCGAUGGUGUACAGUGUCCAACAUACGUAAGCGCGUUGCCCAACGAAACAUCGUUCACGUGA